AUGCGCAGCGCAGGAAAAGAAACCCCGUCCAGACUCUUCAUAUCUCAGAGAGCAAAAGCGGAGUGCUAGCGCCCAUCGAUCUGGAGAGAGAGCCGGACAUUCGGGGGGGUUUUAUUCGUCUGCGUUUCCUCCGGCCAGGUGGGAUCUGCACCACAUCCAUCCGUCAGAGCAGCCAUGUCCAUGGGGAGCGACUUUGGGAACCCUUUAAGGAAAUUCAAACUUGUUUUUUUGGGGGAGCAGAGCGUUGGAAAAACCUCAUUGAUUACACGGUUCAUGUAUGACAGCUUUGACAACACUUAUCAGGCAACAAUUGGAAUCGACUUUUUAUCAAAAACGAUGUAUCUGGAGGAUCGAACCGUGAGGUUACAGCUGUGGGACACGGCUGGUCAGGAGCGUUUCCGGAGCCUCAUUCCCAGCUACAUCCGAGACUCCACGGUGGCUGUGGUUGUGUAUGACAUCACAAAUGUGAACUCCUUCCAGCUGACCUCUAAAUGGAUUGAUGAUGUCAGGACAGAGAGGGGGAGCGAUGUGAUCAUUAUGCUUGUGGGCAACAAAACAGACUUAGAAGAAAAGAGGCAAAUCACGAUCGAGGAGGGCGAGCAGAGGGCCAAAGAGCUGAACGUGAUGUUCAUUGAGACUAGUGCUAAAACAGGCAGCAAUGUGAAGCAGCUGUUCCGGCGAGUGGCUGCUGCUCUGCCUGGGAUGGAGAGUCUGGAUGACACUAACAAAGAGGGCAUGAUCGACAUCAAGCUGGACAAACCGCAGGAGCCCCCGGCCACCGAGAGCGGCUGCUCCUGUUAGUACAGCGCCCCCUCAUGGACACCUUCAUUUACACAACCUGCUUGUUCUGUUGCUUCCCAUGGGUCAGCAUCCAGUUGAACGUAACGAUUGGACAUAGGCUUUUUACAUCCGAGUGAGUGGCCCGAAACUCUCAGAUGUAAAAAUCACAUCCACACUGUCAACACAGAUGCUAAAGAAAGAGCAAAAAUAUUACGUACACUUACAAAACAAGGUAAAGACAUGCUGUCGGAAUUACGUAGGGAAUGAAAUGACACACGUUCCAUUUUUUUCUCUGACAUUUCUUGGAAAAAUUUCAUGUUAGGUUACGUUUUGUAUUUUUGUACAUGAAGUGAAGCGCGAGAUGAUGCCUUCACAGAUAUAGUGAGUAUGGAACAGGCGGUAGCUGCAGCGUAUAGGGUCAUCAUUCUUUCUUAUACCCCAUGCAUGUCAGCCCGGUUUCCCCUACACGUUAUUAGUAAUUAAGAUAAGGCCGUGGAGAUAAGGGGAAAGGCAGUAUGGCCUUGCGUAGGCCUGUCCAGACAAAGCUGAGGCAGUGAAAAAGGUUACUUGAUUCUAAGGUGUGUCGUUUCCACAUGAAUAUAAUAUAUUACAUCAACACAGUUAUGUAAAUGAUACACUUUUGAAUCGAGUCAAUGCAAUGCAGCACUUUCUUCCGUGCAGAUUUAGCAGGACAUACUAAUAACUUAUCGCAUUUGUUUGUGUUUUUAUGUGAUUUUAAUCACACACUUCGACCGGUCACACAUUCACUGCCCCCCACCAGUCAGCUUUGCAUGUUUUUUGGUUCACUUUAGUAAACUGAGCCGUCCACAGAGAGUACAGUUCAAAAAGGCCGGAUGCGUGUUCACUGUUGAGAUCUGCCGUGCUGUACUGUACUGUAUAUAGUAUUUAUAUUGUCAUUAACAUCCAUCAAAAAGGUUAGCGUUCACCUGUAUGAGUACGUUCUGAAAUGAUAAGGGCUUCA